AUGGCGCGUCAGAACAAGCGGUGGGAGGUGCAAUUACAGUUGCGUCUCUGUCGAUUGCGAGUAUCAUUGGUCCCUAGCGAAGACGCGCCCUGGUAUGUCCCGGGGUUUGCUGCCGCAUGCUCGACUAUUGCUUUCACCAUCAUCUCGUUCGCCUCUCUACCGGUCUGGCUGCUUCUGGAGGCGAGGUCCCGAAAGAAGAAGACCGGUCAUGCGAUGCCUCUCCGCGCCAUGGAGGACGCUGAGCAUGCCAUGGUCUCAGCAGCUGCCCUGGAGCGUCUUCAUGAGCAGAACAUGAUGGAGAACAAAGUCGAUGUUGAGAGCCCAAGACAUCUUGAAGAGAUCCCAAUGGAUACACCCUCGAAGCACUUGGAGUAG